AAUAAUCCUGAUUUCCACUAUAAAAGCCUUGUAUUUAAAACCAUAGCAAUACUCCCACCACCUUCCUUCCAAUUCAAAAAAUCCCCAAAUUCCCACCAUGGCGUUGAGAAAUCCGGCCACCGUCGCCACGUUAUUGCUCGCUCUGCUAUUGAUUUCCGACCCCAAUUUUGCGUCCGCCGCUACGGGUGGGCGGUCCGGCGGAAGCCUGUUCCCCUCCGGCGGAGAUUCUUCUUCUUCUUCAUCUUCAUCUUCAUCUUCGUCUUCAUCGUGGUCGGGGUCUUCGGGUUCAUCGGACUCUUGGUCGUGGCACCACUCGCCGUCGUCGUCUUCCUUGUCGGACGGUGGAUUCUACGUCUUCUUGGUUUUAAUGGCGGCUGUGGUUGGUGUGGCGGUCAUCUGCCGCUGUGCUGGUGUUGGGAAAACAAGCGUCGUCAAGCUUCAGGUUGGUCUGGUGGGCAAGGCGCGAUCACUUCAAAAGGAUCUUAAUCGACUUACUGAAACUACAGAUAUGUCUACGUCUACGGGUUUGAGCCAUCUUUUGACAGGGGCAUCAACAUCUUUGCUUCGCAAUCUUGAUUAUUGCAUCUCAAGUUAUUCAUCUGUUACUCGAAAGUCCGAGACAGAAGAUGCAGAGCAAUGCUUCAAACAACUCUCUAUGGAAGAAGCAGCUAAAUUUGAUGAAGUGACACUCGCCAAUGUGAACAACUUUAUAGUGCAUUCAACAAGCCAGUCACCAAAUGAAGGCCACAAAGAAUAUAUAGUGGUUACAAUUUUGGUGGCUACUGAAGGAGCACCUAAGUUGCCUAGCAUCAAUGGCCCAGGUGACUUGAAGAAAGCAUUACAGAGUCUUGGAUCCAUUCCCUCGAACAAAAUACUGGCGGUUGAGGUCUUGUGGACUCCUCAACAAGAAAAUGAUACAUUGACUGAGAAGGAACUACUUAAAGAUUACCCGCAGUUGAGGGGCUUUUAUGAUGAAGGGUCACUUGAAGAAGGGCCAUAUGACGAUUCCCACCCGUUCUUAGGGGUUACUGUCGUCAAGAGCUAGUGAUAAGAUUACUGUUUGGUCAAAUUUUUGGCAUGGUACCUCUUUCAUUUCAUACUGUAUAUACCAUCAAAAUAAUGUCAGGUUAUUUGUAUGAGAUGAUACAAAUGUGCUAAGUUUACUAGUCAAUUCCAAGUUUCGUUUGAAGGGUCUGCAAUCCACCA